AUGAGGAACAGUACUAUGGUGUGGGAAUUCAUACUACUGGGCUUUACCAAUCACCGGGGGCCUGAAAUCAUGCUAUGUCUGCUACUCUUUUGCACAUAUCUUUUGACUAUAAUGGGAAACCUGUUAAUUAUUGUGAUCACACUUCUGAAUCACCAUCUUCAUACUCCUAUGUAUUUCUUCCUACGCCAUUUUGCAAUCCUCGAGAUUGGGUUCACCACUGCUGUUAUUCCCAAAGCUUUGGUCAACAUGGCUAUGGGUCGUAAGACAAUUUCUUUACCUGGUUGCUUUACCCAGUCUUUUCUAUAUUUUGUCCUGGGAACCACUGAAUUCCUUCUGCUGGCAGUAAUGUCCAUCGACCGAUACGUGGCCGUCUGUAACCCCCUUCGGUACUCAACCAUCAUGAGCAGCCAAAUCUGUGCCUUGCUGGUGCUUUGUUGUUGGGUUGGAGGGUUGUUGCUGAUUAUGGGUCCAGCAGUUGCAUUAUUUCAGAUGCCCUUUUGUGGCACAAACAUCAUCAAUCAUUUUUUCUGUGACAAUGGACCACUGAACAAACUCGUGUGUGUUGACACAAGUCUUCUGGAACUUGUCAAUUUCCUCAUUGCUACUCUCUCUCUGCUUGGCACCUUGGCCGUAAAUAUUGUGUCCUAUGUCAAUAUUAUUUCUACCAUCAUGCACAUCCCAUCAGCCACAGGGAGGCAGAAGGCCUUCUCCACUUGUGCUUCUCACAUCACCGUGGUCUCGAUCACUUAUGGUAGUUGCAUUUUCAUGUACAUAAAACCAAAAGGCACCAGUGAGAUAGACUUCAGUAAGGUGGUGGCUGUUCUUAACACCAUUGUGUCCCCUCUUCUCAAUCCAUCCAUAUACUGCCUGAGGAACAAACAGGUUCAGGAUGCCCUGAAAACUGUAUUUGGACAAUGUAUUGGGUUUCAUAAGAACUCAAGAUGA